UUUGUGUGAAAGCGAGAGCAAGAGUUGCAAGACAACGUAUCGUGUCUUUUAUCGUGUAAGCAUAAAAAAAAAUCACUAAAUUGCAUUUCACAUCUCGUUCAAUUGGAAUUUUUUUGACGGUAAUUUCAUUGGAGUGGUCUUCCGUUUGCAUACACACACUGUAUUGAAUUCAUCGUAUUGUUUAAAAAAAUAAACACACGGGAAGAGCGCAUAUUAGUCAUGGACGGAUUCGGUGAUAAUUUUGAUCAAGCUGAUGUUGAUCCAGCUGCGGAAUUUUUGGCCCGUGAAAAGGAUCAAUUGGCUGGUUUGGGCGAUGAUGUUAUACCAGCAGCAAGUGAAUCGAAUGCUAGCGAUGAUGCACCGGCCAAUUCAGAACCAGCUACACAAGAGUUUUCCGGCAGUUUUGAAAUGAUUAACAAUGACAUUGAACAGGAUUUUUCUGCUUCAAACGGUACAGGUGUCGUUAACUACGAUUACGAAUACGAAUUUAAUGAAGCUGCACCGGUGGUGCGCGAAGAGCCGGAGAAAAUAAAGAAAUGGCGUGAGGAGCAGCAGAAGCGUCUUGAAGAAAAGGAUAAGGAAGAGGAAAAGAAGAAGCUGGAGUUGCGCGAACAGGCGAAAAAAGAGCUCGAAGAUUGGUACAAGCAUCACGAAGAAGCAAUCGGCAAAACAAAAGCGUCCAAUAGGGAAUCGGCAAAAAAUGCAGAGAAACAAUUCGUAGCUGAAACGGCAGAAAUUGAGCCCGGCACCGAAUGGGAGCGCAUCGCCAAGCUAUGUGACUUCAAUCCAAAAUCCAGCAAAUCCAGCCGUGAUGUGAGUCGAAUGCGAUCAAUCAUUCUGCAAUUGAAACAAACACCAUUGACCAGCAACGCCUAAACAGCCUUUGAACUUCUUUUGUUGUUUUUUUUUUGGUUUUCCUACCUUUUUUUUCCUUUUUCAAUGAUAUUUACAAUAUUUAGCUAUGCAAUAUAACAAAUGAUACAAGACAAAAUGGGAAAUCAUCAAACCAAAAAUAAAACACAUAAAUGAUUAGCAUUUAAUUUGCGUGAAAAUUAUUACGAGAAGAAAAUAACAAAUAUGAAGAGUAUAAACAUAAAAGAUGAAAUGAACAUAAAUUAGGUCAAAAAUACAACACAUUCUGUAAUUACAAUGUAAAAUUCCAACAUUUUAUUGUUAAUAAAAUUUGAAAAAAACAAAACAAAUAAAA